GCAUGCUGAUUCAUAGAUAUUUAUGAACUAAUCAUUAUGUCAUGAUUCAUAGAUAUAGUAUCUCUCACUCUGUUCUCCAAUAACGAUCAGAUACAGUCCUCAAUUCUGAGAUAAACAGUAACUACAAUUAACAAGAAUUAUCAGGUCGUUCCUGAUUUGUUCCUCACUCGUUUUUCAGUAACUUCUCCCACUUUUGUGUACCGUAUUGUAAAAUGUUACCUUCCUUUUCUCUUAAUCUUCAAUUGUUUAAUGUUGAAGUCAGCAGGAUAAACUUUGGGGACAGCCAACGGUCAUUUGGAUCUUUCUGACCUUCUGACCACACUUCAUAACAAAGCACGCCCAACACACACACAUUUUUACCACAAUUAUAGUUCCAGUUUCCUGUCUUAAUGUCACCUCCAGUUGCACAAUAAAACAACUCAUUCAAAUCCAACUUUUAGAAGAAUUUUACAUUCAAAUGAGUUCACGUGUCAUGUUACAUAAUUCUGAUCAUUUUGCGCCAGGAGCUAGCUGAAGUGCUGAAUAAAAAGCACUCUCUUGAGGAGUCUGGUGGAGAAACAUAAAGUGAUGACUCAUUUUUAAAAGAAUAAUAAUCUCAUAUUUGCACAUGGCGAGACACAGGGCCUGGUGGUGGUCUGCACCGCUGCCAAACGUUCCAUGUUUCUUCUCUGCGGCGAUGAUGGAGGUGGUAGUGUUAGUCCCAGUCGAGACGGUGUCAGACUUUCCUGCACAGCUGCUGUGCUGAAGUUUUCCCCAGUGUCACCAGAGUGACCAUCAUCACGCCAUUCUACGAUGCUUUUCAGCAGACUACAAAGAGCUUCAAUGACCCACACUCUUGUUUUUGUGCUUAGACAGUGUACGCAUAUGUCUAAAGACAGAAUUUUGUUGUGUUUUUAAUUUAAUAAGGCAAGUGUGUCCCUGAAUUUCAGUAUGCCAGACUGUGCACACGCAUGCCCUCACACACAUAAUGGUACUGAUUACUUACUGUUAAUGUCACUGUUGUCCAUCAUCUUCAGUGUUUCUUCACUAACAAAAUGGCCAAAACUUAACUCCUCUCUAAUUCAACAUGACACUUUGUGACACUUUGUGAAGUUAAGUGAUGAUGUCACAUUUUCCACUUACAUUGCAAGUUUUGGUACAAUAAGAUGACUUAUUAACCAAAAAUGUUCUCUUUUCUUCCCAUAUCAGCAAGUUCGUUGCCAUACUUGGGAACUGCAUGUGAUGCUUUGCACCAUUGAGUUGACUCUACAUUUUCCACUCAACAAUAACAAUCAAAUUAAUAUACAUACUUACUGAAAAACAUAAAUUUGUGGCUUAUCCAAUAUGUUAUAAGUUAGGGCUAGUGUCCACUUAUAAAGGGGUUCAACACACACAUGCAAAUAUGUUCAGCUUUGCAUCACACUGGUGAUACAUGAAUAGAUGUGACACAACAGUGACUAAAGUUGUUAAUAUUUUUGAUUUGAGUAUAUAGAAUAGCAUUAAUCUAAGUGUUACUGGUCUCAGUUUGAAAGGUAUGUCUGUGCACAAACAUACACUGUGUGGUCAGACGACUGGUGGUUUGGGAUGUGGGGGAAGAAGGAGCGAGAAAGGAGGUAAGGGGCAGUGAGUGAAAGUGGGAGGAGUGUGUCUGGGUGUGGGACUGUCAUCCCAUUGAGGGGAGUAGCUGUGGUGUUUUGAUCAAAAUCCAGCAGAUGUGGGAGAGUGAGAGAGCGAGAGAGAGAGAGACAGAUUUCCACCCACCCAACAAGGAGACACACUCAUAAACAGCAGGCAGACGGAGUGAGAGUCAGAAAGACACAGGAUCCCAGGGCAGCAGGAGUUCAAACAGCGAGGCAGACAGAAACAGAGUUUCAUUCUGGGAAGAUGUUUUGUUAAAAGGGAGGAAAAGUCACACAGACACAUUCACACUAAUAAACAUAGAGUGUGCUAUCCAGACAGACAGGCAGGAACACAAGAUAUACUACCAUUAGCUACAGAGGAAAAAUCUAAUAAGGACACAUUUAGUAAACUCUCUCUCCCCUGUCACACACAUACACACACACUGAGUGUGUGCUACCCAGCGUGAGGAGCAGGGCCGAUCGACCCCAGCAAGUGGAGCAUCAGGGAGGAAGGAGCAAGCAAGUGGAUGGAUGCCUUUUGCAGACUCAGUGGUCUGGACCCUCUGUGGGACUGGAACCGUACGUGGUACACAGCCAACCCAGACCUGACCCAGUGUUUCCAAAACACAGUACUGGUGUGGGUCCCCUGUAUUUAUCUGUGGUUGCUGGCCCCUUUCUACUGUCUUCACCUCUACUGCCAUGACCGCGGACACAUUCGAAUGUCUUGCCUCUGCACCGCCAAGAUGGUGUUGGGUUUUCUGCUGGCCUCCUUUGGUUUUGUGGAGUUCUUCUACAUCCUGCUGGAAAGGAGCCAGGAGAUCCAGCAGCACAUGGUCUUCCUACUCAGCCCCAUCAUACGCAGUAUGACUGUGAUCUUGGCCUUAUGCAUCAUCCAGCUGGAAAGAGUAAGAGGCUGUCGUUCCUCUGUAUUCCUCUUCCUGUUCUGGGUCUUGGCUGUUGUCUGUUCCCUGGUGCCUCUAAGAGCUAAGAUCCAGCUGGCCAUGGAUGAGGGCAUUGCCUCUGAUAUUGUACGAUACCUCGCCUUCUUCUCCUACUUCACAAUCCAACUGGCCCAGCUCUUCCUGUGCUGUUUUGCUGACCAACCUCCAGAAGGAAAACCCAUCUUGGAAAAGAAUCCCUGUCCAGUGAAAGAUGCCUCUUUCCUGUCAAAGAUUCUCUUCUGGUGGUUCACUGGGCUUGUUGUGAAAGGAUAUCGUGCCCCGCUGGUGGCAGAGGACCUGUGGACCCUGAGGGAGGAAGACACGUCACAAAAAAUCAUCUCUGAGCUGGAACAGGACUGGACAGCUGAAUGUGCCAAACUUCACAAGCAGGAGAAGGCCUUGGCGUCGGGUGUGGCGCUGGGGGGCAGACUGCCAGACCAGGCUCAGCUUCUCAGGAAGCUGCAGAAGAAGCAGAGCUCUGGCUUCUUCCUGCUCAGGACGCUAGCACGGAAGUUUGGUCCAUACUUUCUGAACGGUACCCUGUGUAUCAUAUUCCACGAUGCCUUCAUGUUCGCCAUCCCCCAGGUGCUCAGUCUUCUUCUGGGUUUCAUGAGAGACCAAGAUGCUCCGCUGUGGAAAGGCUAUUUCUACGCCACUCUGAUGUUCCUGCUGUGCUGUCUCCAGUCCCUCUUCAACCAUCAGUACAUGUACACUUGCUUCACAGUGGGAAUGAGAGUGAAGACAGCUGUUAUGGGCUUGGUUUACAGGAAGUCUUUGGUGAUAAACAGCGCUGCCAGGAGGACUUGCACUGUGGGCGAGAUUGUGAAUCUGGUUUCAGCAGACACUCAGAAGCUCAUGGACUUUGUGGUGUAUUUCAACGCUGUCUGGCUGGCUCCUAUUGAAAUUGCUCUUUGUCUCUUCUUCCUCUGGCAGCAUCUUGGCCCAUCAGCUUUGGCAGGAAUCGCCACUGUCAUUCUCAUUUUUCCACUCAACGGAUUCAUAGCAAAGAAAAGAAGCAAGCUGCAGGAGGUUCAAAUGAAGUUCAUGGAUGGCCGCAUCAGACUGAUGAAUGAGAUCCUGAAUGGAAUAAAGAUCUUGAAAUUCUAUGCCUGGGAGAAGGCCUUCCUGGAGCAGGUUUUGGGCCACAGAGAAAAGGAGCUCAAAGCCCUGAAGAAGUCUCAGAUCCUUUACUCCAUUUCCAUUGCGUCCUUCAACUCCUCUUCUUUCCUGAUUGCCUUUGCCAUGUUUGGAGUCUACGUGACGCUCGAUGAUAGGAACGUCCUGGAUGCACAGAAAGUUUUUGUCUCAAUGGCGCUGAUCAACAUCCUGAAGACUCCACUUAGCCAGCUUCCAUUUGCUAUAAGCACGACUAUGCAGGCUAUGGUUUCACUGAGACGUCUGGGAAAGUACCUGUGCUCAGAGGAACUCAAAGUGGACAAUGUCUCAAAGGCUCCAUUGAGUUCUGAUGGGGAAGACGUGGCGAUAGAAAAUGGCACUUUCAGCUGGUCUGCAGAGGGCCCUCCGUGUCUUAAAAGGAUCAACGUCCAUGUGCCACGAGGUUCCCUCGUCGCUGUGGUUGGACAUGUGGGCAGUGGAAAGUCCUCUUUGUUGUCCGCCAUGCUUGGUGAAACAGAGAAAAGAAGUGGGAGUGUCUCUGUUAAGGGCUCUGUGGCGUAUGUGCCCCAACAGGCCUGGAUCCAGAACGCCACAGUCCAAGACAACAUCAUAUUUGGCCGGGAGAAACUGAAGACAUGGUACCACCGAGUGCUAGAGGCCUGCGCACUGCUGCCCGACCUGGAAAUCCUACCUGCUGGAGAUGCUACAGAAAUUGGAGAGAAGGGAUUGAACCUCUCAGGUGGGCAGAAACAGAGGGUAAGCCUGGCCAGGGCUGUCUACAGAAAGGCUGAUGUUUACCUCUUGGAUGAUCCGCUGUCUGCUGUUGAUGCACAUGUGGGUCAACACAUCUUUGACAAAGUCAUUGGACCCAAAGGUGUCCUUAGAGAUAAGACCCGCAUCCUGGUGACCCAUGGGAUGAGCUUCCUGCCGCAGGCUGACCAUAUCUUCGUCCUGGUAGAUGGAGAAAUCACAGAGAGUGGUUCAUACCAGGAGCUCCUCAGCCGCCAUGGUGCCUUUGCUGACUUCAUCCACACCUUCGCCAGCACAGAGCGAAAAGAGAGCGCUAUACAGAGAGCUGGUUCUAGGAGAUCAAAUGCUCGUCUCAGCAUGGUCGACUUCAUGCCCUUCUCCAGAGACCUGUCACAGGAGCAGCUCAUUGGGGGUGACACCACUAAUACCAACCUGCAGAAUAUGGAGCCUGUGUCUGAAACAGACCUGGAACAAGUACCAGAGGACUUGGGCAAACUGACUGAGGUUGACAAGGCCCGGACUGGAAGGGUGAAGUUGGAGAUGUACAAAAAGUACUUCAAGACAAUCGGCUUGGCCAUCAUCAUUCCCAUCGUCUUCCUGUACGCCUUUCAGCAGGGGGCCUCAUUGGCCUACAACUACUGGCUUAGCAUGUGGGCUGACGAUCCUAUUGUUAACGGCACCCAGAUCGAUACUGACCUCAAACUGACCGUGUUUGGUGUACUGGGCUUUGUACAAGGUGUCGCAAUCUUUGGUACAACAGUUGGCAUCUCCAUCUGCGGCAUCAUCGCCUCUCGCCACCUGCACAUGGACCUGCUGAUCAACGUGCUGCGCUCUCCGAUGUCUUUCUUUGAGUGCACGCCCAGCGGCAACCUACUCAAUCGCUUUGCAAAGGAGAUUGACGCCAUCGACUGCAUGGUCCCCGAUGGCUUGAAGAUGAUGCUGAGCUAUGUCUUUAAACUCAUGGAGGUGUGCAUCAUUGUGCUGAUGGCGACGCCUUUUGCAGCCGUGAUCAUCCUGCCUCUUGCUUUGCUUUACGCCUUUGUCCAGAGCUUCUACGUCGCCACAUCCUGUCAGCUGCGGAGGCUUGAAGCUGUGAGCCGCUCGCCCAUCUACACCCACUUCAACGAGACGGUGCAGGGCGCCAGCGUCAUCCGGGCCUUUGGCGAGCAGCCCAGAUUCAUCCAGCAGGCCAAUGCGAGGGUCGACUUCAAUCAGACCUCCUACUUCCCCCGAUUUGUGGCCACCCGGUGGCUGGCAGUCAAUCUGGAGUUUGUUGGCAAUGGUGUGGUCUUAGCUGCUGCCAUUCUCUCUGUAAUGGGUAAAAACACCCUGAGCCCAGGCAUCGUUGGUUUGGCUGUGUCACACUCCCUCCAGGUGACUGGGAUCCUGAGUUGGAUCGUGAGAUCCUGGACUGAUGUAGAAAACAACAUUGUUUCUGUGGAGAGAGUCAAUGAGUAUGCUGAUACUGCUAAAGAGGCCAGUUGGAAUAUAGAGGGCAGCUCCUUGCCCCUGGCCUGGCCCCAGAGAGGUACUAUAGAGUUCCAGGACUACGGGCUGCAGUACCGUAAAGGCCUUGAGUUGGCUCUGAAGGGCAUUACCUUGAAUAUUCAUGAAAGAGAGAGGGUUGGAAUUGUGGGUAGGACAGGAGCGGGGAAGUCCUCACUUGCUCUGGGAAUCUUCAGGAUCUUAGAGGCAGCAAAGGGAAAGAUCUUCAUAGAUGGAGUCAACAUCGCAGACAUCGGACUCCAUGACCUCAGAUCCCGCAUUACUAUCAUUCCUCAGGACCCCGUGCUGUUCUCAGGCUCCCUCCGGAUGAAUCUUGACCCCUUUGACACCUACACUGAUGAGGAGAUGUGGCGUUCACUGGAGCUCGCUCACCUCAAAAACUUUGUCUCUAAUCUGCCUGACAAACUCAACCAUGAAUGCUCAGAGGGAGGAGAAAACCUCAGUCUGGGUCAGCGCCAACUAGUGUGCCUGGCCAGGGCCUUGCUGAGGAAAACCAAGAUCCUGGUUUUGGACGAGGCAACAGCUGCUGUGGACCUGGAGACAGACACACUAAUCCAGUCAACAAUUCGCACACAGUUUGAAGACUGCACUGUCCUGACCAUUGCUCACCGCCUUAACACUAUCAUGGACUAUACUAGAGUUAUCGUCAUGGACAGAGGCCACAUUUCUGAGAUGGACACUCCAGCCAACCUCAUCGCACAUCGGGGACAGUUUUACCAAAUGUGCCGGGAAUCUGGGCUGGUCUAGGUCUUCACUGGGCUUCGUACCAUGGUGCUGAUGCCCUGGUGUACAGAUGUGACACCUUGUUUGUGUGGCUCUCCAACAUACGUUACAUUGGGCCAUUCCAAGCUUUGUGGCAGCUUAAAACGUCUCUCCAGGAGGGCAUUGUCAGUGAAUCUCAAGAGCAGGUGCUGACGCAGUCCCUAUAUGUUGGUAUAUAAACACACACAGACAAGCUGUCCUAAGUCAGGAAAAGACAUUGUUAACCUCAGAUGAUGAACACUCAGAAAGAUGCUACAGUGGAUUGACUGUUAAGUUUUCAAGCUAUAAUUAUUGUAUAUUGAGUAGGGGAGUCAAUUUAUUCCAUGAAAGGAUUAAGCCAGUGAGCUGGAAUGAAAGAGUUCCGCGCAUCUUAAGGAUUUUCAUUCUCUUUUUCAAUGGGAGCUAUAUUAUUUUUGUAGUUUUUGUAAGUGUUAUAAAGCACAAGAGAUAUUUUUUGAUGUUGUCUCAGGCUUAAAUGUUGAUGUUUACUCACACUUUUUUUAGCCUUGUAUACCAAAAAAAGAGGCAGUUUUGUAACUGUAAAUUGAUAUCUAUUUUGUCGUCUUAUCCCAGAAACUGGGACAGGAAAUACUCUGACACACUAACCUUCAAAAAGGUUCACCCUGGCAAACACAGGGGAAGUGAGGUUUACAAAGCCUUCAAAAUUUCAGCAGGAAGCAGCCAAUUUAGAAUUUUUAUAUGUCAGGGUAAAAGAGGAAAACAUUGAAAUGAGCCAAGACAUUAGCAGUCGUCCAACUAUGUUGUGGCUGUUGUGUAUUUCUGUCAAAGUAAACACAUAAAAAAGUCAAUAGAGACCUUGCUGGUCAGAUUUAACCUGACGCCGGUAGUGAAAACCACCAUGAAUGAAGAGAAUGUCUCUUCAAAACAAUAGUGAUAAAUCUCUGUGUCUUUGCCUACACCACACUACUCAGGCCAUACACAUAUAUACAGAAGAGAAGAAAAUAAUCUGUAUUGUUCUUUUGGUGCUGACAUGACACACUGUAAAUAGUCCAUGUUGACCUUUACUCUAAAAUCAAAGAAAGAACCCUAUGAUAUUUUCAAAGAGAAGAGGAAUUUACUGUUUUUGUCUUACUGGUUUAGACACUAUAGUGUACGAGAAACCCUGUAGUUUAUUUAUGUAAUACGACAAAAUGUAUUAAGUGUCCUUAAAAUUCUGAGGAUUGUAUUAUAUUUAUACUUUUUAUAACAAGCUUGUUCAUUUUUCACUGACAAUUUACUGUUAAUGUACUGUCUUGAUCCAUCCAUCAUGCUGGACAAUAAACCUGAUUUGAAUCUACUAUA